AUGCCUUCCUCUGCCCCUCCCCCUCCCAGGCAUCUUCAGGUCCUACCUCUCCCUGAGUCUUGUUUACCUCCUCGGCGCGCCUUUCCUCCUGCUCCUGCUCCUUCUGCUAAGGUUCCUAAGCUCUCCAGUACUAACUCUGUUCCCGUUGUUGCGCAGUCGCAGCCUCCUCCCCUGUUCCCUGGACCUGUCCCGGACUGGGCGGUGCAAAUGGAGGCCUACCUGCAGGAGCGGGAGCUGCCGUGGAAGGACUGGAAAAGGUCAUGUGAGCCAGAGAAGCCAAUUCCACCAGAAACUCACAAGUAUUCCUUCUAUUUUUAA